GCCAGCCUUGUCAGUCGCCGCUGCUGCCGCAUGGGCGUUGUACUAGCGCUCGUCCACACGAUCUGCGUAAGAGGACCGAACGAAGGCGAAACUACGAUCGACAGCUGCCUGCAUUGCGCUAGAGCCACACACUGCCAGCUACACAUUGUCAGCCUCGAGAGCCUGGAGCCUGGUCAACAAUGGUGCGCCAAUAUUUCUGGUGCUUGAUACUCGCGCAUCACGCGUCAGCCCUGAAAGCACCAAAUGCUUCGAAAACGCUGGCGACGCGCGCAAGAGGCGCCGGCGCCGUCGUAGCGGUGAGCGGCGCAGCACUCGUAGCGGUAUCGAUUGAUGUAAAUACGCUGCACGUCGUGGCACCGUCGAUCGACGAUGCAGCGAGACACUGGGCGGCGAAUCACGCGGCCGGGAAUGACAACUCGCUGGGACGCGUGCUGUCAGACAUCGCACCGGGCCUCGGCGUGCCCUGCGCCGCCGCGUCCCUCGCCCUCGUGGCGCGGCGCGGCGCGGACGCUUUGAGAAUAGUCGCGCCUCUGGGCGUCGGCUUCGGCGCCUUCGUCCAGGGUUUUUCGGGCGUGCUCAAGGACGCGACGCAACGCAUCCGACCGGACCCGCUCCACCACUCGACCUAUUCGUUUCCGUCGUCGCAUACCGCCUCAGCCACGUUCCUCGCGGGUGCCUUCCUCGCGGUGUUAGUACCGGCGCUCCUUGGUGACGACGAGGAGGAGUUCUGGACGUGGACGCCACAAACAAUAACGUCGGUCGCGAGCAUCACGGCCCUGACCGCCACCGGCCGUAUAUUAACAGAGAGCCACUUCCUCAGCGACACGCUCGCCGGCGCCGCGCUCGGGAUUGGUGCUCUAGGGGCGACCGCGUUGGUCAGUAGUCGGAGUAAUGGGUAGUAGGAUGAGA